AUGAGCCACGAGUAUGAUGCCAAGAUUACUGCGAGGGUGCUUAUUGCCAAGAUUAACGCAGAUGUCUUGACCACUAAGUCCACCGCGGGGUGGCGGCUCGGCGCGGAGAGGCCGGGAAAGGGACGAGGGAGGUCAAGUCAGGAGAGACGGCAGGACGAAGUGAGAGGAGGAGAAGAAGAAGCAGAAGAAGAAGAACAAGACAAAGUGUCGAUGAUGCCCACGAGGCAGAUGCAGAUGCAGACGCAGACGCAAAGGGGAAACCAGGAGGCAUGCGAAAGACGCCACAGAUAG